UUGAGUAUACACAUUGAGAAAUGGAUUGUCCAUUGACAGCUGAAAAGGACUUGAGUGAAUGGAAAAAGUUUCGUUUAGACUCUGACAAGAAUGACUGGAUUGAGGAUAUAGAUAUUUCUGGUGCCAAGUCUUUGUAUGAAAAGGAAGCUCAAGACAGACCACUAAGAGUACUAGUAUUGUAUGGUUCCUUAAGACAACGGUCUUUCUCUCGUUGUUGUGCUUAUGAAGCAGCCAGAUUGUUGGAUUAUUUGGGUGCAGACGUACGAGUUUUUGAUCCUACAGAGUUACCUGUAAAAGGUCAAGUGGAGGAAACCCAUCACAAGGUCCAAGAAUUGAGAGAAUUAGCUCUUUGGUCAGAAGCACAGUUUUGGUGUUCACCUGAAAUGCACGGGAACGUAACGGGUUGUUUUAAAAAUCAGAUUGACUGGAUACCACUUAGUUUAGGUUCCGUGCGUCCUACACAAGGUCGUACUUUGGCUAUAUGUCAAGUGAAUGGAGGUUCACAAUCCUUUAACGCAGUAAAUACAUUGCGAGUAUUGGGAAGGUGGAUGCGUAUGUUUACUAUUCCAAAUCAGUCUUCUAUUCCUAAAGCUUGGCAAGAGUUUGAUGAAUAUAACAGAAUGAAACCUGGUCCUUUGAGAGAUCGAUUGGUCGAUGUAGUUGAAGAGUUGGUCAAGUUUUCGUUGAUGUUGAGAGACCAUUCUUCUUUUUUAGUAGAUAGAUAUAGUGAAAGGAAAGAAAAGGGAG